UUCACUCUAGGAAAUUUCUGUCGCCAACCUAUUUGUCUCUCUUAAUUUUCUCUCACUAGUAAAUUUCUGUCCUAGAUAAUAGGGCAUUGGGCCUUGCUCCACCGAGCUUUUGGAUCCACAGCUUUCUUUGGGCUUGAAAUGAUCGAGUUAUCUUAAUGUCAAUGCUCUCUGUCUCUCUAAGCAUUGGAGUGGGUUAUCUCCAUGGUCAUCAGCAGGCAAGUGCAUUGUCUCCACCAUUAAAGUCCCUGUCUUUCUCUCUCCUUCUUGAAUCUUUCUUUCAGGUAAGAAAUGGUCCAUUUUUAGUGGUUUAACACUCUCCUUCCCUCUCUGCUUUGCACCCCAAAUACCCAUCUCCCUAAAUCUUUGGGAAAGAUAAAAAUUUUGGUUCACUCUUCUAUUGGGUCCCUGGUUUUAAUGUGGCUAGAAAGCCUUGGUGUUCUUAUCUUUGUAGUUUUUGUGAAAUGGGUUUUGGGUUUUGAAAGAGAGGUAUGGAUAUAUGGGUUGUUUUAGCAGCUGCUGGUACUGGUUAUCUCUCUAACUUUUGGCAAAACGUGAAUAAAGAGAGAGAAACACCAUAUGCUCCAUCUCCAGGUAGAUUUAUUUAGGCUGAUUGAAUACAGAGAGAAAAUUCUAGGCAUUUGGAUUCGACCCACCUUAGGGAAAACCAUUGUGGGAAUUAUAGGAAGAGAAAAGAAUUUCGGAGCCGACAUCUUGAGAAACGAGCAAUCUCAGGAACGCAGUGUGUAAGUGGUUUUUCCUCUACUGAAAAUUCGAGCGGUCAAGAAUGUGAAGAUAUUAAUGUUUGUUCAAUGGCUUCAACCAGUGGCAAUGAUCCUGAAACCCAAGUGGGUUGUAGAGAGAGAAAGGGUUUUCUGUUGUUGGGUUUGCAGACAAAGUUCUGCAAGAAGGAAACUGGGUCUGUUGGUAAAUUGUUUUCAGAUUCAAAUGAAGAGAGAAGUUUAAUUUUGCCUGAAUUUUCACCUAGAGAAGUUGAUUUUAGGAGCAAGUCCUGCAAAACUAGGGAGUUUCAUUGUAGGCAAAGGUCGUGGAGGGCUCCUGUGAAGCCUGUGAAUGCUCUCGAGAGUUGUCUUAUUGCUCAGUUAUGUAGAGAGAGAGAGGAAAUGGGAGAAUUUGGGUUCACUCCUCUGCCAUCUCCAUAUUUAAGGGUGACAAGACCAGCUCUUAUAAGCGAUGGUUGUAGAAGCAGUGAGAAUAGUAAUAAUCCAGCAGCUUCUCAAUUUCAAAGCUUAGAACAUAAAAUGCAAGAGGAAGAUGGGACAAUAGCAAAAGGAAAUGAAAGUGUAAUGGGAAUUCCUCCGUUAAAAAAAGUAAUGGGAAUUCCUCCUCUAUCUAAGCCAGAGUUGAGAGAGAACCAUAUCACAAGGAAGCGUCAAAAAGGAAAGAGGCGGUUUGGAAGAUUCAAAGCUUCGAAUGAUAGACCCGCAAGUAAAAAUCUCCAUUCACUAGGAUCAAGUGAUGGAUGGCUUCUCUUUUGUUGUGGGAUUGUUGUUGGUGUGAUGUCCACUAUGUUUUCAACUAAGAAAGAGGUGGACAAGUUAAAUGAGUUGCUGAAGCAGAGUGAGAACUUAGUUCAAGAUUUAGAAGAAGAGUUGGAGAUGAAAGAUUCAAUGACUUUGAAGGAGCUAACAAGUGAUGCAUUUCCAUAUCAAGAAAACAAUGAUUCUUCUGUAAAUCAGAGACCAUCAACUUCUCUCGCUGAUCAGAAACCAGAUCAAUCUUGCUCCAAUGAGAAAGAAUUAGAUUUUCAGAAGAGGGAGGAGCAUGCCGAAUUAGAUUUUCAGAAGAGGGAGGAGCAUACCAACUAUAUGAGCAAAAUAGAGGCAGAGCUUGAGGCGGAACUGGAGAGACUGGAAUUAAACAUAAAUACAUCUGCCCAUCAAAGAAGAUUUUCUGGCCCUAAUGAGCUUGAUCCAGAUUGUAUGGCAGAUAUUGUCCAUGGAGAACUACGAGCUGACAUGGUUGGUGGUGGUGGAGACACAACUGACUCUAACCGUGAUGGCACUCAGUCGGUCACCCCACCACCCCAGUCUCUGUGUCAUGCAGUUUCUCCACGUGAACUCAGCGUACGCCUACACCAAGUCAUACAAUCAAGGCUUGAACAGAGAAUCGUAGAGCUAGAAACAGCUCUUGAGCUCAGCCAAAAGAGGCUUCAGAGCCUAGAAAAUGAUCGCCCAGAGAUAGACGUAUCUUUUGGUCAGAAGUUAUUCUCCAGUAGCGAGGUUUCGUCCACGCAAGAGAGCCCUACAUGGAACUACCAAGGCCAAUUUGAUCAGCUAAGAGAUAGAUACGAUCCAAUUAGCAUUAAUAAUCCUGAGAAAACCAGAGAAACAGAUAUGUGGGCUUCAAAGGGAGCAGAUAGUGGUUUUGAGGCAUACGAGGAGUUUGUCAACAUGGGCAUAACACAGGUAGAAAAUGGCGAGGGAGAAUUGAAGAGCACAAAAGAUGGAGAGAUAGAAGGGACCCAUCUCGGAAGGAGCACUAGAGAUGAUGAGGAAGAAGAAAUCCAUUUCUUAGAAGGCACAACAGGUGAGGAGGAAGAAGAAAUCCAUAUCUUAGAGGGCACAACAGGUGAUGAGAAUGAAGAAACCUAUUUCUUAAAUAUCCGAGGAGAUGGGGACAGCAAAGAAACUCAUUUUUUAAAGGCCAUGAAAGAUCAGAGAGAAGAGACCAAUUGGUUAAAGUGUGUAAAAGACGAAAGAGAAGAAAUCCAUUUCUCCCAAUUUAGACAGGGAUUAAAUGGAGAUGGGAUUCCGUGCCCGAAAAGGAUCUCAAUUGAUGUGAAAGGAUUGGUUCAAGAGAAGAUAAAGACAUGGGAAAAGGUUAAGACAGGGAGUUGCAGUGGAAGAUCUGAUGAAGGGUCCAGUGAUAGUGAGGAAGACGAGGUGAGCAAGCUCUUGAUCCAACACAUUGUGGAAAGAGCAAAAAGGGGUUCACCAGCUCUGCAUAAUGCUCAGAAGAUACUAUUUUCCAUGGAUGAAACACUACGGAAAUGAGAGCAUUGGAUGGGUUCGCUUAUCCAUCCCUACUUUGAUGUGUACUUAAUUUAAUUUUCUUCUAUAAAGUAUCACCAUUCAUUUUUUGAA